AAUGUAACAAUAACUAUCAGUCUGCUCGUUUUUGGUAGUUUGGUCGUCAAAAGUAAGAGAAAGAGUCUUUAGUGCUGUUGUCUUCACGUGCUUUGAUUCGCCGGUAACUUUAGUCUCAAUCAAACAAGACAUCUUCACUGUUUCGUAAUGGAUCCAUCUGACGACGUGAGAGAUGAUAGUCCUGCUUCUGAUGGCUCUGUCGAACAGAAGGAAACCCUGCCGACAGACAUGCUGAGAAUCAAACAGCAGAUGUCCAACCUCUGCUUUGAGAUGGCAGUACAACUCCAUGCAGGAAAAAAUAAGAGAUCAUGCAGCACAUCUGAAGCUGAGAGAGACUUGCCAGAUUAUGUCAGUGAGCUGGAAAGAAUCAAGACAAUUCAUUUUAACAGCACACUGGCGUUGCACAGAAUGCAGAUGUGGCGCGCUAUUGGAGAAAAGCUGGAGCAGAAUGAUUCGGAGGCUGAUAUGCUGAAAGCUGUGAGUGAUCGCUGCAUGGCUCUUUGUUCACACGUAAAACAACUUCAGAAAGAGUCAAAAGAUCUUCAAGAUGAAAUCACAGAAAUACAGAAAAAGAGGCUUGAGAUGAAGCGGCUCACACAUGAGAAAAUGAAAGAGAUGGAAGAGUUGAAGAAGAAGGAGCACCCAGAUACAGAAAAAUACAAAGCAGCUUUGGAGAAAGGGCAGGCAAACCUGGAGAAAUACAAAAAGAUGACUGUCAUGACACAGAAUGUCUUGAGGGGCAUGUUCUUGGCGUGUAGAGUCAACUGGCUGGAUGAUCCCGAACUUCGAAACAUUGCCAUGACGCUGGAGGACUUUCCCAUCUCUGAUUAAAGAGCGAAUUGACUUAACUUUGUCUUAUUGUAUUGUGUUGUAAAAAC